AUGGACCCAGCGCAUGCGUCAAUCGAUUCCAACCGUCCAACACACGGCGGCGACGUCAGCGAUGCGUCACCGCCGCGACGCCCUCGCCCCUCUCCUUCCCGCCAUGUGCCGGACCUUGCCCUUUCCGGCAAUGUCAGUGACGCCUCGCCACCUCGCCGUCCUCCUGCGUCUGCCGCAAGACACCCACCGCGUGAUCGACGUGCAUCGAGGACUGAUCCCGCGAUUGACCACAGCCUUCCACCUGAAAGAGAGCAGAGUGGGGGUGCUGCACUUCCCUCUCCCUUGUUUCGUGGAAUGCAUGACCCCGACACGAGCCUGCAGUUACCAGAGUCAAGACCCGCAUAUGACCUCAAUCCAAGCAAGCCCGAUGGUUUUGCAAAAUCAACUCGGGCUCGAAAUCCCUCUUUCUCGGAGCAGGGGAAUGGCCUUUCGGCUCGCUCCGGUCGCAAAAUGCCAUCCGCCACAACCUGGCAAGGCUCUGUACCCCCGCGCAGUUUGAAUGUUAGCGCAGGCCAAUUCGAACAGUUGCAAACAGUGCCAAGGACUUCCUACAACAGGUAUAAUAUUUCAGCAGGUCCGCGGUGGGACGGAGUCGAUAGGUCCAACGGUUUUGAGUCGCGCAUCGCGAAGAUGAGGGCCCAGAGAAGGGAAGAUGAGCGAACGGCAUACAAGGCAUCCGUCUCAGACAUGUGA